AGAGAGAGAGAGAGAGAGAGAGAGGAGAAGAGAGGGAGGGAGAGAGUAAGAAAGAGAGAGAGGCUGUGGGAGGCAUCCAUCUCUGUGGUAGUAUUGCCAGAGCAGCUGAGAGACCAGAAGAGGGGAGGCAGCACAGGCUCUGUGAACGCCAAGAGAUCUUCUGCCGUUGUUUACUCUGGACCCCAGGGAUGGAUGGAUGCUCGCACACAAUUUAUUGAGCUGUCCUUUGUUUGUUCACAGCGGGUCGUUACAGAGACACAGCACAGGAAAGACAGCAGGAUGUGGUAUUGCUUGCAUGCCUAUAUGAGUGUUUGUUUUGCGGGCAUAACAGGAGCUCUCAGGUGAGCAGGCUUAACUUGAAACCAACCUGUAAACUGACUCCGCGACACCAGCGUGUGCCUGCAUGUGAGGCCGUUACAUACCGUGUAUGAGUGUCUACAUGUGUGUAUGUUUAGCUGCAAAUGACCAGGUGCAUAUACUGUACGGUGUGCUAGUGUUUGUGACACCGGCAUCAGAGCAUACACACACACACACACACACACACACACACACACACACACACACACACACACACACACACGUAAGGAGGAAGUGACACGUCUGUGCUCGCUCUCGGAUUUCCUGGUCCCCUCUCCGGUGGCACGCAAAGCGCCGAAUCUGAGCUGAGUUCACCUGUCUCGCCCUCGCAGGUGGGACUUAAAUUCUCUGGAUGCAUCAACAGAGGAGCGCUGACUUUUUCUGGAUGAGUAAAGAACAGCUAGAUGCGCGUAUACUCUGAUUGUGGCUAAGUGUGAAUAGACCAGCACUUCCUCAAGCUGUCAGCGUGUUGCUCUGGUGCUGCGCUGGUGCCGGAGGCCAUUUCUGGACCUCUCCAUGACUGUGAAUACAGUACUGACUCCAUCCAUGACCAGCAGUAACAGCAUGAGCAGCGGGUACUGCAGCCUGGAUGAUGACAGUGAAGACUUCACUUUCUUCACAGCCAAGACCACGUUCUUCCGCCAGCCCAAGCGUGCAGCUAAGAAUGAAGCAAAGGAGGAAGAGGAGGGGGGAACAAAGGACCUGUCAGAGGAAGAGGUGCAGACAAGGAUAGAAAAGUAUAACUCUCAAGUCUCUGAAAAUGGCAUGAAACUGGCUUCAGAUGGAUCCUACACAGGCUUCAUUAAAGUCCACCUGAGGCUCAGUCGACCAGUCACAGUCCCCUCUUUGGAGGCGGCGGGCUCAGACGGAGCAUCCAGGCAGACGGCUAGCCACAAUCAAGCAACGUCAGAGGGCCAGGAAGGGACGGACUAUGGGCAGAGUGAAAAUAGAACAUCCUUCUACCUACCAUGCGACUGUGUGAAGCAGCUCCACAUCAGCUCUCUGACCACCACUGGAGAGGUCAUCCAGGGCUUGCUGAAGAAGUUCAUGGUGUUGGACAAUCCCCGCAAGUUUGCACUGUACAAGCAGACGCACCGUGACGGACAGGAUCUUUUCCAGAAGCUUCCUCUGUGUGAGCGUCCUCUUCUUCUGAGGUUAUUAGCAGGGCCUGACCCAGAGCAGCUCAGCUUUGUCCUUAAGGAAAAUGAGACUGAAGAGGUGCAGUGGCAUGCAUUCUCUGUCCCUGAGCUGCAAAACUUCCUGGUAAUCCUGGAGAAAGAGGAGUCAGAGCGGUUGCGGGCAGUGAAGCAAAAAUACGCUGCAUACAGACAGAAACUAGAACGGGCCCUAAAACAACAUGACCCCUGACCCCGCUCACCUGUUACCUUAUGACGUCAACCCAGGGGGAGACUGAACCUUCACACGCCGACCCCUCAAGACCCCUGAUCUAUUCAGAGACUGGAGCCAGAGCUGGACUUGUCUCCACCCACCGCAUAUACACCCAAACAUGCAGUACAUCCGCACACAGACGCAUACCCUUUCUCAGGACGCAUACAAGCCCCCAACCCCCCAAUCAUCCAUACAUCCACUCCCUGAGGAGAGAGAAAGGCUACUGGGUGUGUGGUCUGCUUGCUCAUUGGACAAGUAGUGUAUUUUCGUUGCCAAGGACACACACAGCGAGCUCUGAAACGCUGACUUGAAAUCUCAUUUGAGACUGAUAUUAACCAGUGAUGUUUUUAAAGAUUCCCUCUUCUUCUGCUGCUGCUGCUGCUACUGCAAGUGUUACUUAUGCAUGAGUCUCUGUCAGCUCACUGCCCCCCCCUGCACAUAGAGUUAGAAUUUAAACAGAAGGCAUGGUUUUCAGUAUCUCUUUUGGGGUGGAAGGACAAUCAUACAGAGUGUUCUUUUUCUUAUCCUCUUCUUGGAAGCUUGGGGUGUUAUUUUUGUGCUGGAAUAUUAAGAUGUGUGGAUUUGUGAGGGAGGUGUUUAGGGUCAGGGCUGGAGGCAGAGGGCUGCGUUUUUGCUGUGGAUGCUAGAACAACACAGAAUGGGAAGAUAAGAUGAUUUUUCUCAGGGAGAAUGUGUUGAGCAACAAGAAAACCUAAAGGCGGGAAGAAACCAAACACCGCCCCCGUUUUAGCCCAGUUGCUCCCUGUGAUUCCAUUUACCUACUUUAACGCCAUGUGAGAAGAUGUUACCAGUCCUCUCCCCACACACAAAAAUAACCUUAUCAGGUGAUACUGUGAGUUCAUUUUCCCUCCCUUAAUCCUGAUCUAACCCACCUUGCAUGAACAUCUACCUGCAGAUGAAGCCUACUGAGCGAGGCACUCCACAUACCUUUACAGAUUUUACACUUUAUUGUAGAAGUGACUUUGCGCUGUCAUUGUACGUGGGUUGCAUUUGAAUGUGGAGUGGAUUUUCACACCAAAGCUUAGGGGAACAGAUCUAUUGAGAUGAUUUUAAAAGAAUGAAAGAGUUUAUCUAAUUAAAGGUGGAGUAUGUAAAUUAAACCAGCUUCUGUUUUUGCACAUGUGGAUGCAGGUCACUGAGAAUGGCCCACAGCUUUGGGGCUGGGCAUGCAUUUCUGCUUCUCUUUUCGUUUAUCUCCCCACCUUCCACCCAAAAAAAAGAAGAAGAAACAAAACGUAUAGAAAAUUCAUAAUAAUGGCUAUGAUGUACCAAUGAUGUGUUUGCAAUGCAUAUGUAUUAUGUAGACACUGGAAAAAGAGUGACAAGGUUUAACUUUGUUGUUAUUAUGAUAAAUAUUAUUCUUUUGGUAUCAUUCCUACUGUGUGUGUGCGUGUGUGUGUGUGUGUGUGUGUGUGUGUGUGUGUGUGUGUGUGUGUGUGUGUGUGUGUGUGUGUGUGUGUGUGAGAUCAUCCGGGGCAGUGAAGAUAAUGUGAAUUGUGUUUUACAAUGAGUGUCUGUGUGUCAUCAGUGCUCCCUCAUUGGGCCUCACUUAUCAAGACACUUAUUGAUGUAAAAUAAUACAUUACAACUGCAAAUUAGGUCGAUUUAGAAGAAAUGUUUGGUGUGCAUGUAUUAAAAAAUGAAUACACCUAACCAAAGCAUUUACUGUAGACCUUUUCCACACACCCUUAUUUUUCAUCUUUUAUUUUAUACAAUAGAGGUACUGAUAAAUGAGGCCUGUUGUCCAUAAGCACAUGCUUAACAGUAAACCCAAACUGGUUUCUUUUAUGAUAGAACCACUACCCAAAGCCCAAACUGUUCCUGCUGGCAGUGCCUUUUGUUUCAUGUGCCCCUGUGUAUGUAUGUAAGGUGUGUUUUUAGCUUACAGGUGCCUGGGUGUAUGUAUGGGUGCUUUUGCAUGUGUGCAAAUCUGUAUUUCUUGGGUGGUGUUCUAUAUGUCAUUUUUUCUUUCUUUGCCUGAACACAUUUGUCUUUCCAACAACCCCUCUGUGUGUGUGUGUGUGUGUGUGUGUGUGUGUGUGUGGGUGGGUGUGUGUUAUUUAUUUCAUGAUUUACCUCCUUGUAAUGAUAUUGUGUCAAGGAUGUUGAGACUUAAUGCUUUUUUGUUCGCAGUUGGUUUUGUUUUAUUUGAAGAAGUGUGUAUAAAUAUAGCGGUAGAACUGUACAGAUUAUCAAAAUGAAAUAAAAAGGUCAUCCCUUUAUUGAAAUGUU